CCGUCGAAGUCCCGGUGGCGGCCCGGGCUCUCGGUGGGGAGGAUGACGGAGCUGCAGUCGGCGCUGCUACUGCGAAGACAGCUGGCAGAACUCAACAAAAAUCCAGUGGAAGGCUUUUCAGCAGGUUUAAUAGACGACAAUGAUCUCUAUCGUUGGGAAGUCCUUAUUAUUGGUCCUCCAGAUACACUUUAUGAAGGUGGUGUUUUUAAGGCUCAUCUCACUUUCCCAAAAGAUUAUCCCCUCCGGCCUCCUAAGAUGAAAUUCAUUACAGAGAUUUGGCACCCAAAUGUUGAUAAAAAUGGUGAUGUUUGCAUUUCUAUUCUUCAUGAGCCUGGGGAGGAUAAAUAUGGUUAUGAGAAGCCAGAGGAACGCUGGUUACCUAUCCAUACUGUGGAAACCAUCAUGAUUAGUGUCAUUUCUAUGCUGGCAGAUCCUAAUGGAGACUCACCUGCAAAUGUAGAUGCUGCGAAAGAAUGGAGGGAAGACAGAAACGGAGAAUUUAAAAGGAAAGUUGCCCGCUGUGUAAGAAAAAGCCAAGAAACUGCUUUUGAGUGAUGUUUAUUCAAUAGCUAGUAACUUCACUUAUUUCAGGGUCUCCAAUUGAGAAACAUGGCACUGUUUUUCCUGCACUCUACCCACCUAUUGCUGGACUUCUGUUGUAAUAAGUUGGCAAACUCUGGCUGGAACUGGGCUGCAAUAAAACAUNCCAGUCAUUAAUGCUGACAAGAGCCUAACAAGUGCCAACUAAAGAUGAUUACGCAUUUUGAAUUCUAAUGAACUGUUUUAACUUUCAGGAAGAAUUGUAAAGACCUGUACAUAGCACAACAUGAUCCGGAUAAUAUAUAUACUGUUCAUGUACAUCCACAAACACACCUUGUACCAAAUAAUGCUUUCUUGUAGUAGAAUAAGAAUCGUGUAAAUUCNAAAAGACUUUAGCGGGUUUUCUUUUCCCAUUCAUUGUUUUUUAUCAGUUCAAAAAGAUUCCUUAAAGCAUGUCAGGUGAAAACCAAUAAGAAUGAAAAGUUUCCAUAUNAUUUCCUUUAAACCAUUGAGUCUUUCAUUACAUUCUUUCCAUUUACUAAUCUUUUAUAUUUUCUUUGUUUUGUCACCCCCCCCUUUCCUUUUAUCUCUUAUAUCUGCCAGAAAGUUCUCAAAUCAUUUAGUUAAAAUACUGAAAUACUAGUAAAUUACUUGAGUUUUUCAUGAUGACUUCAGAGGAGGGGUCAUCACUAGGUGCUUUGUCCUUUUUGUACUCUGAUUCACCCAUCUCUUGGAUUGGAUGUAGCAAUAACAUUUUCUGGCUGUUGAGAGCUCUUGAUCCUAGUCAUUAUCUCCUGAGAACUUUAAAAAUAAAAUGUAAAGGCUGUUCUAAGUUCAUCUUAGUGAAAUUUUUUCCAAACAAUACAAAAAUCCAGACUUGGUUUUAUUUUUGCCCUUAAGUUGUCUAAUAUUAAGGUUGGAUGAGUAUAGCAUGCGCAGCUAUAGGCUUUCUACAUCUGGGAUUGCUAUUAAAAAUGCUAUUUGUCCUA